AUGUCAGGUAGACAUGUUAGCAUACUGGAGAGAAUCGAGAGUUGCAGGAAAGAACUCGCGAGGUGGAAGAAUAGAACCACGAGUAAUGCUAAGAUCAACAUCCAAAGACUGCAAGUUGAACUGGAGACUGAGAUUGGUAAAACCCGUCCUAACACAGAGCUCAUGAAACACCUUAAGCUUGAAUUGGGGAAAGCAUAUAGAGAAGAGGAAGUGUUCUGGCGUCAAAAAUGCAGAGAACAUUGGCUAAGAGAAGGUGACCGGAAUACUGCCUAUUUUCACAAUUGUAGCUUAUUUACUGGCUUUACUGAACGGGUCUCCCCUGAGAUGAAUGCUUCGCUGUGUAAGGAGAUAACAGCUAAUGAGAUCCGUAGAGCAGCCUUUGCUAUUCGUGGUAACAGCGCACCAGGAGAGGAUGGUCUCAAAGGAACUUUCUACCAAAAGUAUUGGCAUAUAGUGGGUGCAGAGCUAGUUGCGGCAGUUCAAGGUUUCUUCAGAGACUCGAUUAUCCCCCGGAUGAGUGAUAUGAGACCUAUCAGCCUCUGCUCAGUUCAGUAUAAAAUAAUUUCGAAGAUCCUCUGUGAUAGACUGAAAAGCAUACUGCCUGACAUCAUCUCAGACACACAAGGUGCCUUUGUCCAAGGUCGUCUCAUAUCAGAUAAUAUUGUGAUAGCUCAUGAACUUGUUCAUGGUCUGAGAACUAACUACUCUGUAUCAAAGGAGUUUAUGGCGAUCAAGACUGACAUGUCGAAAGCAUAUGACAGAGUUGAAUGGUGCUUCCUUGAGGAACUACUGGAAAGAAUGGGUUUUGACAGAAUUUGGGUACGUUGGGUCAUGGCAUGCAUCACUACAGUCACAUAUUCAGUGCUGCUUAAUGGUAGAUCACAUGGUCUUAUCAAACCGGAGAGAGGAAUAAGACAAGGAGACCCUCUGUCACCGUUUCUUUUUAUUCUCUGUGCGCACUGGUCAGCAAACUUAACCAGUCAGAAGGCAAAUGAGGUGGAAAGCACUGAAGUUUUGGACUACUUGAAGGCGUAUGGAGAUGCCUCUGGUCAAAGAAUCAAUCUUCAAAAGUCUUCUAUUAUUUUUGGGUCUCAGGUACUGGAAACCACUAAAGCUCAAGUCAAAGAUAUUCUCGGCAUUGGUGAGGAGGGGGGUGAAGGCACCUACCUGGGUUUGCCUGAAUGUUUUAAAGGGUCUAAAAGGGAUCUCUUAAGCUUCAUAAGAGAGAAACUCCAAUCUCGCCUCCACGGCUGGUUUGCGAAGACAUUAUCACUUGGUGGUAAGGAAGUCUUACUCAAAUCCAUCGCUAUGUCCUUACCAGUAUACGCAAUGUCGAUCUUUAAACUUCCUAAAGAUGUGUGUACUAAGAUCACAAGCGCUAUGAUAGAGUUCUGGUGGGGUGGUGGUAACGGCAAAAGGAAGAUACCAUGGAUUGCUUGGAAGAAGUUAUGCAAGCAGAAGAAGGAUGGGGGUCUGGGUUUCCACGACAUCACCAAAUUCAACCAGUCUCGUCUCGGGAAGCAAGCGUGGAGAAUCAUGACUAAUCCUAACUCACUGGUGGCUAGAGUGCUGAAGAGCAAGUACUUUGAAAACGGUGACUUUCAACACAGUACGCUUGGCUCUAGACCCUCUUAUGCUUGGAGAAGCAUUCUCCAUGGCAGAGAAUUACUGAGUAAAGGCUUGGUUCGUGACAUUGGGAAUGGUGAGAACUCUAACGUGUGGGGUGUUAACUGGAUCAUUGAUCCUGCUCCAAGACCUCCCAAUUACAGACAAGACAGCAUCAUUAACUUGACCCUGAAGAUAUCAGAUCUCCUCAUUCCUAACACUUCAUCAUGGGAUAGUGGACGAGUUCGACAAGCCUUCACUGAACACGAUGCUGAAAUCAUUCUACGGUUGAAACCAAACCGCAGCAAGGAAGAUGGCUUUAAAUGGGGCUUCACUAGAGAUGAUGAGAAUGAUCCACAUCAAGCUCCCCUACCACCAUUGGAGAAACACCUCUGGAGCUCGCUGUGGAAGAUCAAAGCACCUGGAAAACUGAAGCUUUUUUUGUGGAAAGCUCUAUCAGGCGCUCUAGCGGUUAUGGACAGACUACGCAGUAGGGGAAUUCAGGUUGACCCUAUGUGCAAGGUUUGUAACAAUGGUACGGAGACGAUUUGUCACCUCCUAUUCACUUGUCCAAUGGCCAGAGACGUUUGGGAAAGAGCCUCAAUUGUUCUUCCUCCUGGAGGUUUUUCUCAAAACUCUGCUUUUCUCAACCUUUAUCAUCUAUUGAAGCAAAUGCAGAAAAAGCCAAAAGAUAUGAAUGUCCAGGCCUUUCCCUGGAUCAUUUGGUAUCUAUGGAAGUCAAGGAACGGGUUGAUCUUCGAAAGGAGGCAUUACUCCUCUGUCUCAGUUUUAUUGAAAGCGAAAGAAGAAGCUAACGUGUGGUUUGAGCUCAAUGUGCCUGGAAAUGAAGGUAACCAAUCCUUUUUGACGACGUUAGAGACCUCUCCCUCUUGGACGAGACCUCCGUCGGGUUAUCUCAAAUGCAAUAUAGGAGUGUCAUGGGUUAAUAAUCAGGAUAUGUGUGGAGUUGGUUGGAUCUUGCGUGAUGAUAAAGGCACUACUCUUCUUCAUAGCAGGCGAGCCUUCUCGAAUGUGGAAUCAAAAAAGUCAGCUGAGCUUAUGGCCAUGCAGUGGGCUGUCUCUGAUAUGGUGUACACUCGCCAACAGAAGAUUAUUUUUGAAUUUUCAUGCGUACUGGCAAGACAGGCUCUCACAGCUCCUAAUGAGUUUGUGGAGUGGAGAUACCUAAGAACGGAUAUUCAUCUUCGUCUUAGGGAUUUACAAGACUGGAGUUUCCAAUACUGUGAUCAUCCGGAAAAUUCUAUAGCUCAGGAAAUCGCUGUAAGUGUAACUUCUAGUCGUCGGUUCCAGUCAUACAUUUCUCUGGGUGGACCAACAUGGCUGUUGCAGAGGAUUGAAAGUGAAGCUGCCACCUGA